CUCCCUCCUCCCUCUCCUUGCAACUCGCGCUCCCUCCGUGCCCGGCGGGGGCAGUGUACGGAGCGAGCCGGCUCCGGCAGGGCGUGGGGCGCCGCUCCUGCAGCCGGAGGGAGACGAGGAAGCGGAAGCGCCGCUGCAAGGAGAAUACCCGCAGCAGCAGCGGCGGCAGAGCCGGAGCCAGGGGAGGACCCGGCCAGGGACACGCCGCCCCCAAACCAACAUGCAACAUGGCAGCCGCCAUGGAGACUGAGCAGUCAGGCCUCGAAAUCUUUGAAACGGCUGAGCGCCGGGAGAAUGCGGCACCGGGAGAGAGAGCCAAGCUGGAACCUUACUACGUGGAGAGGUACUCCUGGAGUCACCUGAAGAAGCUGCUGGCGGACACCAGGAAGUACCAUGGCUGCCUGAUGGCCAAAGCGCCCCACGAUUUCACCUUCGUGAAGAGGAACGAUCCAGAAGGGCCCCACUCGGACAGGGUCUAUUACCUUGCAAUGUCCGGUGAGAACAGGGAAAACACACUUUUCUAUUCCGAGAUUCCCAAAACCGUAAACAAGGCUGCAGUUCUUAUGCUCUCCUGGAAGCCUCUCUUGGAUCUUUUUCAGGCCAGCCUAGAUUAUGGGAUGUAUUCUCGUGAGGAGGAGUUGCUGCGGGAAAGGAAGCGCAUUGGGACAAUUGGUAUCGCCUCUUACGAUUAUCACCAAGAAAGUGGUACGUUCCUGUUCCAAGCCGGCAGUGGAAUUUACCACGUGAAAGAUGGGGGGCCCCACGGGUUCACGAAACAGCCCUUGAGGCCCAAUUUGGUGGAGACGAGUUGUCCAAACAUACGGAUGGAUCCCAAGCUCUGCCCGGCAGAUCCCAAUUGGAUCGCGUUUAUCCACAGCAACGACAUCUGGAUCUCCAGUCUAGCAACCAAAGAAGAAAGGAGAGUGACAUUUGUGCACAAAGAAUUUGCCAACAUUGAAGAGGACCCCAAGUCAGCUGGAGUGGCUACCUUUGUGCUACAGGAGGAGUUUGAUAGAUACACUGGCUACUGGUGGUGCCCGGAUGCUGAGACAACUGUUGAUGGAGGCAAAAUUCUUAGAAUUCUGUAUGAAGAGAAUGACGAGUCAGAGGUGGAGAUCAUUCAUGUCGCAUCCCCCAUGUUGGAGACAAGGAGGACAGAUUCCUUUCGGUACCCCAAAACAGGCACUGCUAACCCCAAAGUAACUUUCAAGUUGUCCGAAAUAACAAUCAAUGCUGAUGGCAGAAUUUCAGACGUUGUGGAUAAAGAACUUGUCCAACCUUUCGAGAUCCUGUUUGAAGGUGUAGAGUAUAUUGCCAGAGCAGGAUGGACGCGAGAGGGGAAAUUUGCCUGGGCCAUCUUCCUUGAUCGCUCCCAAACACGGCUCCAGAUUGUGCUUCUCCCCUCUGCUUUAUUUAUACCCGUGGAAGAGGAUGCCAUGGAGCGGCAGAAACUCUUAGAUGCUGUGCCUGACUCUGUUACACCAUUGAUAAUUUAUGAAGAAACAACAGACAUCUGGAUAAAUAUCCAUGAUAUCUUCCACGUUUUCCCCCAAACCCAUGAGGAGGAGAUAGAGUUCAUCUUUGCCUCCGAGUGCAAAACGGGAUUCCGGCAUCUGUACAGAAUCGCAACCACUUUGAAGGAGAGCAGAUACAAGCGCUCGUGCGGACGACUCCCUGCGCCAAGCGAUUUCCUGUGUCCUGUCAAAGAGGAGGUACCGAUUACCAGUGGGGAAUGGGAAGUCCUUGGCCGACAUGGAUCCAGCAUCCGGGUGGAUGAAGCUAAAAAACUGGUAUAUUUUGAAGGUACGAAGGAUUCUCCCUUGGAACACCACUUGUAUGUUGUGAGCUACGAGAACCCCGGAGAGGUGAAGCGGCUGACAGAAAGUGGUUUCUCCCACGCCUGCUGCGUCAGUCAGAACUGCGACAUGGUGAUUUGCAAAUUCAGCAACCAGAAGAACCCGCAUCAGGUGUCUCUCUACAAGCUAACUGGCCUCGAUGAUGAUUUUGCCAACAGGUCAAAGGAAUUCUGGGCCACCAUUUUAGAUUCUGCAGGACCUCUCCCAGAUUACGUUCCCCCUGAGAUCUUCUCUUUCGAGAGUUCCUCGGGAUUUUUUCUCUACGGGAUGAUGUACAAGCCCCACGAUCUGCAACUCGGGAAGAAAUAUCCGACGGUGCUCUUCAUUUAUGGAGGCCCCCAGGUGCAACUUGUGAACAACUGCUUUAAAGGGGUCAAGUAUUUCCGCUUGAACACACUAGCUUCCCUUGGUUAUGUUGUAGUGGUGAUUGACAACAGGGGAUCCUGUCACCGGGGACUGAAGUUUGAAGGUGCCUUUAAAUAUAAGAUGGGACAAAUUGAAAUAAGCGACCAAGUGGAAGGUUUGCAGUAUUUGGCUUCCCGAUAUGACUUCAUUGAUUUAGACCGGGUCGGCAUUCACGGCUGGUCCUAUGGGGGAUACCUUUCCCUUAUGGCAUUGUUGCAGAAGCCAGAGAUCUUCAAGGUUGCCGUUGCCGGGGCACCAGUCACCCUUUGGCUGUUCUAUGAUACAGGCUACACCGAGCACUACAUGGGUCAUCCGGAUAAUAACGAGCAAGGCUAUUAUCUCGGCUCUGUGGCUAUGCAGGCGGAUAAGUUUCCUUCAGAACCCAACCGGUUGCUGCUGCUCCAUGGAUUCCUAGAUGAAAACGUUCAUUUUGCACACACCAGCAUAUUGCUUAGUUUUCUGGUCAGGGCUGGGAAGCCCUAUGAUCUACAGAUCUAUCCGCAGGAGAGGCACAGCAUCAGAGUCCCUGAGUCUGGAGAGCACUACGAACUUCACCUCCUGUAUUAUCUCCAGGAAAAUCUGGGAUCACGCAUGGCGAUGCUGAAGGCAGGGCAGUGAUGACCCCUGCCCCCAACUUCCCCCCCCCAAGGAACUCUCAGCACAGACAUGUACAGCUGCUUAACCAAACGCCUUGGAGCGGGACGUGACGUCUUUGGCGCCCGCCUCCUAUUCAGACCGAUCAGCACAUGCACAGCCUUGCUUUGUUACCUUUUACUCUUACUUUUUAAAAGCCAGCCUGGUGCCAUGCAAGGAGACGGCUCUGUACAGCACAUGAAAAAUUUUAAAUGUAAAUAAUAAAGUGAAAGUCUGUGCUAUCCGGUACUGCCGCGAGU